AUGGACGACGCUAAGAGCGCUGAGCGACGAGGUAGAGGAAGCCCUGCUGUCCGUCCUCAAACAGGGCCUUCUCGUCGCCGAUAUGGUGUCCGAUGGGCUCUGCCUUUGUUGGCGGCGACUAUGACCUUUAUGCUCUGGCCAGUCCCGUUGCCUUCGCCAAUAGUUGCACCGGUUUCAACCCUUCCGUUCAGCUGGGAUCAGCUCGUUCCCUCCUCGUCGCUGGACUAUUAUAAAUGCGGCGAUGGCUUUCAAUGCGCCCGGCUUGAGGUGCCAAUGGACUACAACCGUACAGACGGGAAGGGUCGCAAGUUCGCACUGGCGGUUGUGCGACUACCAGCAAGGGUCCCAGUAACAGAUCCCAGAUACGGCGGGGCUAUUUUGAUCAAUCCAGGCGGUCCCGGUGGUCCCGGCACCCUUCAAGCAUUUUUGUCAGGUCGCGAUCUCCAGAAGAUUGCGGAUGCAGAGAAUGACCCGACCGUGUUUCCGCCGCCCAGUGGCACAGCAGACAAGUACUUUGACAUAAUUGGGUUCGACCCACGUGGAGUGGGUGCGACUACACCCGCAGUAGUUUGCUUCCCUGAUGCCGUCUCUCAGCGGAAUUGGGAGCUGCAGCUCGAGGCAGUGGGCAUGUUGGGGAGCUCCGCCGAUGCUCUUCUCCGAAAUUGGCAACGAACUAUGGCACUGAACACGGGAUGCUCUACCACCGAUCUGUUCGGCGAGGACGGCGAGGAGAUGAUGAUGGCUCACCUCAACACACCCUUGGUCGCCCAGGACAUGGCGACGAUCAUCGAGCGCCAUGGCGAGUGGCGCGGACUACAGGGCCAAAAAGCGCAACAGAUCCAUGACCAAUGCCAUGGAUACGAUGAAACGCGCGAAAUUGAAAACCGCACUCAGUGGCACCAGGGUCGGGAACAGCUGCUGUACUGGGGGCGGUCGUACGGCACGGUGCUGGGCACGACAUUUGCUGCCCUCUUCCCUGAGCGGGUCUCUCGGGCCGUUCUCGAUGGAGUUGUGAAUAUGGACACCUACUACGAGGACCGAGGGCCAAAUGUCGUGGUCGAUGCCGAUGCCGUCUUCGACCGCUUCGCCGAGUACUGCAAUACCGUCGGCUCGGAGCGGUGUCCGAUGUAUGUCCCUGGCGGACCUGAGGCCAUCAAGCAAAAGUACCAGUCGCUCGAAGCGAGUGUUCUCAAUCUCUCGAUUCCCGUGGCAGCGUCGGGAACGCGUGGACCAGAAGUUGUCACAUGGACGGACAUGAAAGCCCUACUGCGGGUUGCGAUUUACGAACCGCUACUGGCAUUCUCUGUCUUUUCCCACCACAUGAGUGAGCUUGCAAGAGGCAAUGCAGCGCCGCUGGCGGACUUUAAGCACAGCAAGCAUUUUGGAGUGUGUCCGUCCGAGGACUGCGUUCGCGCCGGACCGUGGUCGCCGGCGUGUGCACGCGCAGAAAAUAAUGGGCUGUAUGCGAGUGCGGCUAUCCUCUGCUCGGAUGCAGAAUUCCUAGCCCACCAGAAUAUCGAGGAUUUCGAGUUUACCUGGAACGGAUUGAGGGCUGACAGUGCUGUCCUGGGAGACUACUGGGCCACGAUCCACUUGUCCUGUGUUGGGUGGCAGACCAAGGCAAAACAGAAGUUUCUAGGUUCGAUUAAACCACUCCAGAUUCUGAGGAUAAUUGCUGAUAGAAUCAGGUCCUUGGGGCGGAUAUACCGCACAUCCAAUGCUAUUUGUGUCGAAUACUCUGGAUCCAGUGACACCUCUUCGCAGAAGCUGACACUAGCAGUGCACAUCACAUGUCCCAGCAAUUCCCCGGUUCCGUUGUGCUGCAGCAAGAUUCAGAAGGGGUCACAUACAACUCUUGCCGCGCCAUCACUAUGCGUCGCAAAGGGGAUUCGUAGUUACUUCCAAACUGGAAUAUUACCCGAGCUAGGAACGCUGUGUCAGGCUGACUUGAAGCCUAUGGGCAAAUCUGAUCAGGCCAGUGCAUUCAGCGACCAUCUUGAGCCCGCGGAUCGCGACCUCUUCGCUGCGCUUAUGGCGGAGGUGACCCGAGGUCAUUGGGCUGGAUUUCCUUUAUAA